AAAAUUUGAUGACACCGGGCACUUUUGCUUCUAUCUUAUCCUCUUUCAGUUUCAGUUACGAACCAUCUCUCUCCUUAAACCCUCAAAACCCACUAUGACUACUACCACUGCCUCAACCUUCUUCUUCUUCUCAUCUCCCCCAUCACCAUUCCUCUCUCGCAAUUCCCAACCACCACACUCCUUUUUCCCUUUCACACCCAAACCACUCUCCAAAAUUUCUCUUCUCACCCAUCCUCUCUCUAGGUCUCGCCGUAACCCUUUCCUCACUCGCGCCGAUGACGACGACACCGACGCCGCCGGCCCCGACCACUACGAUAUGGACGAAGAUGAAAUGGAGGAUCUCGACAACAAAAAGGACUUCGACGUCGAGUACGACCCCCUUGUCCCCGCCGCUUCCGUCGACGACGACGACAUUGCCAUGGUGCGGAGUGAGAGCUUCGUCUCCACGCAGGGUUGGGACUCCGACACCGUCGUCGACUACAAAAUCAACGAAGAUGAGUUCCACAAGAUCAGCUUGCUCGAUUGCGAUUUCUUCAUUCGCAAGCCCCCUGACCCUGACAACGACGUCUAUGAUUUCAGAGAGAUGUAUGUUACUCCUCCAGAUACGGAUGUUUAUUCAAUUCCCAAGGUUCUCGCUCCAAUGCCUCAGAAGUACAUUAGAUGCGCGCAAAGUGAUUUUGGAAGCUACAAUGUGACAGAGCCACCUAUUGAUGCACCUCGAGAUCCCCUCUAUAAAACCGAGAGGGAGAUCCUGAAGGUGUACUUGACAAAACACUACAAAAAUCGGAGGCUGGGUGAUCCUGAAUUUGUGCUAGAUUUUGAAGAGAUUUAUGUUAUUGAUUCCAAAACCAAGUCAAUUACCAGAGCCAAAGUUUUGGUAACAGCUCCUGGAGGGAGAACUAGAGAUAGAACGAGCGACUUGCUUGUUAUAGCUGAUCGUGGGAAGUCCUUCAAAAUAAUACACACGAGUGAAAGAGACGAUCCCACGACUGUCAUAGAAAGGGAAGAGUGGGCUAGUAGCAGAGAAGAAAUGGAGAGGCAUCUUAGAAAGUUAAGAGACUUCAGCAUUUCGAAUUGGUUUUGAUUUUUAAGCUGGUAUUUGAAGACUGCUCCAUGGGUAUGUACAGCAUGAUGUGGAGAUCGAGCUGCGCAUGUAUACAAGCAAUUAGACUUGAUCUUUCAUUUUUGACAUUGUAUCCACGUCGCUUGAUCGUAUGUAUAUUUUGUUGUAAGUUGUAACUUGUUAAGGAUGCGGCUGUUGGAAUUAAUUAAUCCAUGAGAGAUAUCUGCCACUAUACUGUGAUGACCUACACUUGACCGUUCUCUCUAUUUGGAUACCUUGGAUUUUGCGCCAAACUCUGAUCAAACCUAUUUGAAUGAAGAAUAUAUAUUUUUGUUUCUUCUCUGAUGCAUGUAUAUGAGUAUAUCUAAUGAACGCAUGUAAUCACUAUUCAAUCUUCAAAGCAGUGACUCUAGGGCGUGCAUGUUAGAUGGGGACAUGAGGUGGACGGUAUGAAGGUAUCUAU